UGACGGCUUCCACCGAUUUAUAAAAAAAAACCAAACAACUAAAAAAUAUCAAAAAAAUAAUAUAAUCAAAAAACAAAAACAAAGAAAAAUAAAGAUACCGGUAACACCAAAUAUUUAAGUUUGAAAAUGUCUUCAUCAAACUGGAAUAAACUAAAAUCAAAGAUUAAAGGAACUUCUUUUGAUGACGAGUUUGAAAAAUUUAUGAACGAGUCUCUAUCGGAUGAUUCUGGAAGCCCUCGUCGUUCAAUUACUCCACUCAAGUCUCGUUUAAAGUCAAUAAAUACGCCAAAAGACAAAGUUCUUUCAGAAAAGCAAUGGGAGUCAGAAGAUGAUUUUGGUGAUUCAGUUCUUGCAGAUAUUGUAAAUAGAAAAUGGAAUCAAUCAAAAUUUCAAGACAAUGAAUCGACGAAAGAAAAAAAUCACGAAGAUAAUCAUGGUAUGAUCAGAGAUAGUUUAGAAUCUCCAGCAGUUCGAUCAGGUGCUUUAGAUACAAUUCUAAGUGAAGUAGAAUAUAGCAGCAUUCAAGAGUCUGAUUCACGAUCUGAGAAUGAAAGUGUUUCCAUGGGAAACGAAUCAUCUAUUGAACUUCCACUUACAAAUAAACCUAUACAACUAAGUGAAUUAAGUGAAAAUAAUGAAAAUAAUUCAGAUUUAUCUGAUAUUGAGCAAACUGAAAUCGACACUGAAGAUAUUAAGAACAAAGAAAACUUUUUUUCAGUUCUUGAAAAAGAUGGUGAUAUUGAUUUUCGUCAACUUAAUGAUGAAUUUGAUAAAGCUAAUGGUAUCAAAUCUUUAAAUCGGAGUGAUGAAGAAGAUAAUGAAUACAAUGAAAAAGAUGGGGUUGAAGUGUCAGGACUAACUCCUUAUAGACCUGCUCAUUAUGACGACGAAGAUGAUGAGGAAGAAGAAAAUGAGGAGGAAGAUAAUAAGGAUAUUACAAAAUUUGAAAAUUCUAAAAUAGAAAAUGAUGCCUCUUACUUUGAUUCUACUUUAGGUGGUUCUAAUGUUGGUGAUUUUGAGAAAAGUCUUCUAUCAAAAGUUAACUUAAUGGAGUCGUUAGAUUCUACAAAAAGUUUGCACGUUGCAGAGAGGUUGAAAGCAAAGAAAAUGAAAGAAAAAUUAUUGGAAGAUAUAAAUGAAGCAGAAGGAAAAGAAGUUCUUCGUUCCAAAAGAUUAUUUGACUUAAAUUUUAAUCAAGAAAAUGUAAUUAAUGAUUUAAAAGCAAUUCAACCUGUCCAAAGUGGAAUGCUAGUAUUAGACAAACAAGAUACACACUUAAUUCAAUUGAAUGAACUUAGUUUACAACCAGUCGUGAAUAACUUUGCAGAAGAUCAUAAACCUACAUUGUUCCUAAAUAAUAUAGAAGAUAAUGUAUGUUUAAACUCACAAGAGUUUAAUGAAGUGGAAGCAAUAAAAAAAAUAGCAGAGUUUAGUAAUUUAUCACAAAAUACAAAUGUGACCACACAUAAUACCCUGAAACAUAAUAUCAGUGCAUACAAUGACUCAAGUUUCAAGAACAAAAAUGAAAACAAUCAAGGAAGGGAAAAUGAGUCAAGGAAUAAUCAAGAAAGGGAAAGUGAGUCUCCUCCAUCAGAAAGUUUAAAAAGCAUUAAAUCUAUUGCAGCAGAAAAAAAAAAAAAACUUUUGGAAACCAAGUUGCAAAUUCAAAAUAAAUCAGAUCUACCAGCUGCCAAAGUGUUUACCAACUCUUCUAAGUCUAUACCAGUUCCUAAAAUUUCAAAAUUUAAUGGAGGUACAACUGCUUUAAAAAAAAGAAAACCCAUGAUAAAAGAUAGAGAGAAAAAAACUGUUUUACCUAGAAGAAUUCCUGUUAAGGUAAAUUCACCGGCAGCUGUAAAAGUGGCCAUUAAACCAGCUCCUAAACAGUUAAAGAAUAAAUCUCCACUGAAACCAAGUCCAUCAUCAAAAGUUCAGCUUGAAUCAUCAAGGAAUGAGAGUUCUAAAUUAGAAGAUUCUCAAGUUCUAAUUGCAUCUGUAGCAUCAUUUGCUUCAUAUCUGAAAGAUUUUGCUCAAUCAUCUCAAAUGAAAACUUCAUUUCAUGAAAUAGAUCAAAAUUCUCACCUUGCAGCUUUGGAUAGAGAAGCUGCUUUGCAAAAAGAACUUCAAGAUGUUAGAAUUUUGUAUGAUGAUGAGUGUAGGCGUUCAGAAAAACUCAAUAGAGACUUGCUACAUAAAGAAAAAGAGUGGAGAAAUGAGAAAGAUAAGUUGUUGUUUGAACAUGAUGCAAGGUUGAAAUGUUUACAUGAUGAGAUACUUGUUUUAAAAAAAAAAAACUUGAUUGAUGAGUCUCAUUUAUCAACUGAAAAAAAACUCUUUAAUGAAAUUUCAAAAGAAGAUUUGGAUAGACUUCACAGUCAGCUUGAACAACAAGAGCAACUUUUGAAUGGAUAUCAACAGGAGAAUCAAAAAUUGUAUCAGGAUUUAAAGAAGAUCAAUAAUGAAAAAAAAAUCUUUGAAGCAAAAUUAGUCAAAGAGAAUCAAAGAUUGGCUUCAGAUCUUGGAAACCUUAGAGAACAGUUAGAUGCUAGAACAAACUAUGAUUCGCAUGAAGGAACAGCUGCAUUAGGUGCUCAACGUAUUAAUCAAUUAGAAAAUCAAGUAAAAUUCUAUCAAAAAAGAGAAAUUGAGUACAAGCAAGAAAUAUUAGAUUUGGAAAAAGAAGUAAAGAUGCUAAAGGACAAGGCUGAAUCAAAUAAAAAUUUUGAAAAAGAAAAUAAUAUUCUUGAUCAUGAUAAGAAUCUUAUUGAGAAACUUCAAAAAAAAGUUUCAUGGUAUGCAGAAAACCAAGAACUGCUUGAUCUAUGUAAUUCACAACUUAACUGUAAAAAAAAAGAAGCAGAACAGUUAUUAACUAUGGUAAAAAAAUUAGAAGAUGAAAACAAUGAAUUGCGCACUGAAAAACAAGAUGCUAAAACAGAAAAAAAUAAUGAUGGAAAAGAAAUAAGUGAUUUAAAAAGACAGAUAAAGGAAAUGGAAUCAGUUUUAAAACAUAGGCAGCCAUCUUCAUUAUCUUCAGUUAUGUAUGUUGCUUCUGCAGUUCCAGGGGAAACUAAAGUUUAUAAUCCACAAAAUCUUCAAAAAAAUAAACUAGAUAAUUUUUUAGAAAAUCGAAUUAAAUCUUUAGAAAAUGAGUUGGAAGCCAAGGAUAAUGACUACGCUACAAAAGUUCGAACAUUAGAGCAACGUUAUAACUCAAUGAGUAUUCGCUACGAAGAACACACAAAGCUUUUGGAGGGCAAAAUUUCUGAACUUACUAACCAAAUAAAAGUUAACAAUUCUGACUUAAAAAAAAAGUUACAAGAUGAUAAUGCAAAGUUACAACAUGAAGUUUCAAAAAAUUCGGUCCAAGAUGAAUUUACACAAAAAAAGGAAUCUUUAAUAUUGGAUGAAAAAGAAAAACCAUUUAAAGCUGACUAUUUUGAAAAAAAAAAAAGUGGAAAAGAUCCAUUGUCAUGCAACACUUAUAUUGUUAAGCUGAAAGAAAAAUUGUUUGCACGUGAUCAUAUCAUUAAUGAGUUACAACAAACUGUAUCAUUAUUGCAAAAAGAGCGAGAAAAUAUGUUACACAAAAAUCAAAGUAAGACAAUGAUAGAUAAUAAAAACAGUUCAAAGGAUCAAACAAACAAAGAUUUAAAAAGCAAAUGUAAUAGAUUAAAAGAAAAAAAUGUAAAUCUUAAAACCAAAGUUGAGGAGUUACUGUUGCUUUGUGAAGAGAAGCGUUUAAAAUAUGAAGCAAUGGAAGCUGAAUUAUUUCGUGACAAAAGAAACAUGGAAGAACAGUAUGAAGACCAAAUACAAAAAAUCUUAAAUGAGCAUGAUGCCGAGAUCAGAAUGCUAAAAAUGAAUUACGUGAUAGAACAUUCUAACUCAAAAGUAGCAGAACUUAAUGGCAAAGUAGAAAGUGGAGAACUUAUGAUAACACAUUUAAAAGGUAUUGUCGAGGAAUUAAAAGAAGACCAAGAGAAGUUGAGGACUUCAAAGCAAACUGAAGAAAAUUUACGAAGAGAUAUCCGUCAACUUGAAACUGAACUUUUUGAAGCACGUAAAUUGUACACUCCAGAAAUCCGCCAUUAUAAAGAGCUUGAAAACAAAAUUUAUAACAUGGAAUUGAAGCGACAUACUAGAGAGAACGAAAUACGAACACUGCUUGAAAAAACAAAAAUAAAAUCUGAUAUUGACGUUGAAUCAAUUGAAGAAAAAUGGAAAAAUAUUUUAAAACAAAAGGAUGACGAAUUGCGAAAGUUUCGAGAAGAAUUAGAUAGCAUUUUAGAAAUACUGCAAGAGCUUCAAAGACAGGGAGUGAUAUUACCAAAAAGAAAACUCAGUACGGCUGUUUCAAAACUUUAUUAAAAAAUUCUCGUAAAAAUUAUACAUUUAAUAAUGAAAUAUUAUAACCUAUAUAAAAUAUUUUACUAAA